AUGGCUCCAAAACUAAAUCCAAGAAGAGGUUCUAGUCAAGUGAAUAUUGAAAACGAAGAUGCAACAAAUGAAGGAGAAGUAGAAACUGUAAAAGCAAAAUGGGAUGAUUGGAAUACUGAAAUAUUUUUGACUAUCUGUGUGGAAGAGAUACGAGAUGGUAAUAGACCUAAUAAACAUUUCAGCAAAAUUGGUUGGAAAAAUCUACAAAAAAAAUUUAGAGAGAGAACAGGACUCCUAUAUGUACAUAGACAACUAAGAAAUAGAUGGGAUGCUCUUAAGUCUUAUUUUCAAUUAUGGGCUAAAUUAGUUGGACAAGAGACUGGUCUUGGUUGGGAUCAUGAGAAAAAAACAGUGUUAGCUUCUGAAUCUUGGUGGACUGAUAAGAUUAAGAUUAAUCCAGAAUUCGCUAAGUUUAAGAAUGAAGGUCCUAAAUCUUUAGAUAGGCUUGAACAAUGUUUCAAGGACAUUGUAGCUACUGGUUAUAGUGCUUGGGCGCCAUCGAAAGAUCCAAAUUCUGAAGAAUUUAAUCAGAACAAUGAGGGUUUCGAGAAUGGAGGUGACAUGAAUUAUACAAAUAAAUUUAUUGAAGAAGACAUUGCAAAUUAUACAGUUGUUCAAAGCCCUACUAGAGAGAAAAGAAGGAAGACUUCUAACAAAAAAGUUGAGAAACGAGCUGGAAUAGCAUCUAGAUUACAGGACUCACUUGAUCGUAUUUUGGUUGGUGUGGAGUCAAAAGCUGCAACUAAGGGAGAUGAUCCUUACUCCAUAGAAAAUUGCAUCAAGUUGCUACGCAAAUUACCUGGUCUAGAACCAUAUAGUCCACAGUUCUAUUUGGGAAUUAGAUUAAUGGCUAAGCCACAAUAUAGAGAAACUUUCAUUGCAUUGAGUGAUGAUCCCAAUCAACAACUUGGAUGGAUGAGUGAUUAUGAAACAGAUAAUGAUACUGAAUAUGAAGAAUAUGAAAAAGAUUACGAAUCAGCUGCUAUAUUAGCUAUUUUUCAUUUUGAAGAUAUUGUUUUAUUACAAGCCAAUGAAGAUGACGGUACUACUGUAAGAAAUGGAUCAACAAAUUCUGAAAUUAAUGAAUGGGAAGAACCAACACAAGAAGAUGUUCGGGCAAUGGAAGAAAUAAGAGACAAUAUAAGAGAUCAAUUAUCGGAUCAAAUAAAUUAG